UAGCAGGAGUUUAGCCACGGGCAAGGAUACGCGAACACGCUGACAUUGCUCGCUUGACCUGACUUAUGCAGGUGCCUAUCGCUGAGAUACCAGGGCAAUGAUAACCCAAAACGACGAUUCUCCUUUAAAUCUUUUUUUAUUCUCCUUUAUUCUCCUUUACUUGCAAUGUACAUAUUUUGAUUUCCCUACUUAUAAUUUCUAUUUCAGGCUAUGCCAUUCCAACCGUUAAAAGAAUAUAUAGAUAAAAACAACACAGAUAGAAUAUUAGUAUUUCAUCCACGUGAAAAAGUGGUAAAACGUGGAUUUGAUGUUUCUCCAACAGAACUUAAAACUUUUCUUCUUAAAUAUCAUUCAAAUCCCACGCUUUGGUUCCGAGGCCAACUAAUCAAAUAUAUUUGGAGAGAAAAUGAAUUAACAUUAAACGCGACAAAUCAAAGUGUUUCUAGAAUUCCGUUUGAAUGCGGUAAGAUAAAUUUUGUUAAACUCAUUAAGUGA